AUGGGGAAUCCGAAGCUGAAGUGGACGUCGGAGGAAAAGGAAGCCAUAGAGGAAGGAGUGGUGAAGUACGGCACCGGCCAGUGGAAGAUCAUUCUUAACGACCCCGAGUUCGCGCCACGCCUCGCUAACCGUUCAAACGUUCAGCUCAAGGUUUUCUUUAUGAGCAUAUAUGAUCACAUGCCCCCAGCCCCUCGCCAAACAAGUCAAGCAAAUGCCCGUGAUCAUGUGUUAUUGAAGUCACCAGUCAAGAAGUACAAAACAAUGAUUUUUGAAGCAAUUUCGUCCAUCAAGGACCCCAUUGGAUCCAAUAGUGGUACUAUCGCAGGCUUUAUUGAGCGAAAGUACAGGGUGCCGCAGAAUUUCAGAAAGUCUUUGAGUUCAAAGCUUAGGAGGCUUGUUUUGCGCGGCCAACUUGAUAAGGUUCAGGACUGCUACAAGAUUAAAGAGGCUGCUUUGGGCACUAAAACGGCUGUGCUGAAAGAAAGAGAAGUCAAACUAAGUCCAUUACAGAAUUUGCCAUCAAUCAGCUCUAAAGAAACAGUCGAAGAUGCUGCUACAAUAGCUGCCCGCAAGAUUGCUGAGGCACAAAAUAAAUCCCUUGUGGCAGCUGAAGCAGUUAAAGAGUCUGAAAGGCUCUCAGAGAUGGCUGAAGAUGCAGAUUCAUCCCUACUUAUCUUUAAAGAGAUGCUUGAACAAUGUUCAAAGGGCGAAACUCUUCUCUUGGCAUAG